CCGGUGGCGGCGGAGCGGAGCGGGCGGCGGUGCGGGCUGCGGUACCACCAGCAGCGGCGGCUCUGCGGGGCCGCGCCGAUCUCGGCCACCCCCCGGACUCCCUCCGGCUCUGCCCGUCCCUCCGCCUCCGCCUCCCCUCCCUCCCCGCCCGCCCCGUUUGUUGUUUUGGGUCUUUCUCUGUCCCCCCACAUUUCGCCCCGCAACGCCGCCCCCCGCCCGCCCCCCCCGCAGCAAGAUGGUGCAGAAGAAAUCCGAGAUCCCAGGGUUCCGCCGCUCCUUCCAGGGCCAAAACCCCUUCGACCUGGAGUUUGAGCAGUCCAACCACCUGGAGCCUGUGUUCAACUUCGAGUGCCCUCCCCGCCCCGACAUGCCCUCCAGCCAGCCCAUCGACAUCCCCGACGCCAAGAAGAGGAACAAGAAGAAGAAGCGCUGCAGAGCCACCGACAGCUUCUCGGGCAGGUUCGAAGAUGUGUACCAGCUGCAGGAGGAGGUGCUGGGCGAAGGAGCCCAUGCCAGGGUGCAGUCCUGCGUGAACCUCAUCACCAACAAGGAGUAUGCAGUGAAGAUCAUAGAGAAGCGCCUGGGGCACAUCCGCAGCAGAGUGUUCCGGGAGGUGGAGAUGCUGUACCAGUGCCAGGGACACAGGAACGUCCUGGAGCUGAUUGAGUUCUUCGAGGAGGAGGAGAGGUUCUACCUGGUGUUUGAGAAGAUGAGAGGAGGCUCCAUCCUGACCCACAUCCACCGGCGCCGCCACUUCAACGAGCUGGAGGCCAGCGAGGUGGUGCAGGACAUCGCCAGCGCCCUGCACUUCCUGCACAACAAAGGGAUCGCACACAGGGAUCUGAAACCAGAGAAUAUUCUGUGUGAGAGCCCAGACCAGGUCUCCCCAGUGAAGAUUUGUGACUUUGACCUGGGAAGUGGCAUCAAACUCAACGGCGACUGCUCCCCCAUCUCCACCCCGGAGCUGCUCACCCCAUGUGGCUCUGCAGAGUACAUGGCCCCGGAGGUGGUGGAAGCCUUCAACGAGGAGGCCUCCAUCUACGACAAGCGCUGUGACCUCUGGAGCCUGGGAGUCAUCCUCUACAUCAUGCUGAGUGGGUACCCUCCCUUCGUGGGGCACUGCGGCUCCGACUGCGGCUGGGACCGGGGCGAGGCGUGCCACACCUGCCAGAACAUGCUCUUUGAGAGCAUCCAGGAGGGCAAGUACGAGUUCCCCGACAAGGACUGGGCACACAUCUCCUUCGGAGCCAAAGACCUCAUUUCCAAGCUGCUGGUGAGAGAUGCCAAGAAGAGGCUCAGUGCAGCCCAGGUCCUGGAGCACCCCUGGGUGCGGGGGUGUGCCCCGGACAAUACCCUGCCGACCCCAAUCAUCCUGCAGAGGAACAGCAGUGCCAAAGAGCUCACCUGCUUCGCCGCCGAGGCCAUCGCUGUCAACCGGCAGCUGACGCGGCGCGACGAGGACGAGGAGGAGGAGGCGGAGGAGGAAGCACGACCCAUCAUCAUCAAAGCUACCUCACGGGCCAUGCAGCUCUCCCCCCCCUCCGAGUCCAAGCUGGCCAAGCGGCGGCAGAAGAGCAGCCUGGCCAAGGCGGUGCCCGCCGGGCAGCAGCUGGUGGCCCCACUGGUCCUGGUGGCUGACCAAGCCUGAGCUGUGCCCUUCGUCCUGCUGUACCCCCCCACCUCCCUCCUCUUCCUCCUCUCUUCUUUUGCUUUCUUCCUUUCUCACUGCCCCCAGCCCCCCCGUUUGGCUGGUGCCGAGGUCAGCCUGGUCCCUGCGGCUGGUUUCCGGGGCCCUGCUGGCCUGGCAGCCUGGGGCGGGCAGAGGUCCCUGAAGAGCUUUCGUUUGUUUGUUUGUUUUCUAAGGUAUUAAACCAAGGUGAGGAGGCUCCAGCCCGGGCGCAGCCGAGGACGUGACAGACACUCAGACUUCUCUUUGCUGACUUCUUAGUCUCUCCUCUGACAUUUUUUUUUCACCCCCCCCUUCCUCCCUGACACCAAAGGACUCUUCGUGCCCGGGGGGCACUGCUGGGCAGAUUUCAGCUCCUUCCAAACUGUGAACAAAAAGAAGACUCUCGGGGAGCUGCCUUCGACCCUUGGCCCUCCCCUCCUUGCUCCAGGUCUUUUCUCCAGUCGUGGGGUAGGACCCAGAGCCCCCUCCCAGGGGUGUGCCUGGGUGCGGGGAGCUCCGUCCCAUGCCCGGGGGUGUCCCUGGCUGCGCUUUGUCGGAGGGGCUGGGGAGAGAUGGUGCCAGUGAAGGGGGAGCAGUGCCCUGGUCCACCAAGCCAGCCUCUCUGCUCGGCACCCUGCUUCCAGAAUGAGCUGCUCCCCUUUCCUGCAGCGCUCUCUUGCUCUGCUCUGCUGCCUGUUGGCUCUAAGCUGCCAGCUCUGCUUCCCCACAGGGCACGGAGAGAGUCUUCCUUUUCCUUCCCAGGCUCUGGCCGCGGCUCCGCGGGGUAAGGUCAGAGCUGGGGGGUGCACAGGGCUCUGGGGCUGUGCUCUUGCACUGGGUCGGGUGUUGGCACCUCCCUGCUCUAGGGGGGGCUGCUUGCUGAUGGCUGUGCCCUCCUGGGAGGUGCAGGGAAGGUGAGGGAGCAGCAGGAUGCUCUGUGGGAGGUGCAGGACCCAUCUGGAAGAGCCUUGGCACCUGCUGCAGGAUGCUGGGACCUGGUGUGGCUUUGGGCUGGCCCCGAGGCUGCUGUGGCAAGAGGGUCUGGAAGGGGCAUGGAGGGUGCCAAGUGCCCAGGGGGUGCUAGUGAGCAGGUGGCCAGGCUGACGGCAGCAGCCAAGGACCACAGGGGAGCAGCAUGUGGAGGGUUCAGGAUGUGGAGCUGCAGGGUUUGGGGUCAGGGCAGCAGUGCCUGGGUCGUGCGGGGGCUCUGGGCAGCUGGGGGCAUGCCCACGCCCAGGUCUGUUCAGGCAGGUGCCAUGCAUGGCAUUGCCCUUCCCUCCGAGCCUGCCCUGGAGCCCGAGGAAGGGAAGGCAGGAGAGGAAGUGCCCCUUGGCAGUGCCCCUUGGCUGGGUUGUGCCACGCAGGGCUGGGUCCGUCCAGGCGAGCAGGGCUGGCCUGCAGCUCCCCCAGACCCUGCACCCAGCCAGAGCAGCAGCCUGCUGCCCUCUGCGGGCCGUGCCACUGUGCCAGCCCUGCUGCCCUCCCUGCAGGAGAAGGGAGGUGCCCCCUUCGGGAGCGGCCUUGGGUUUUUAACCCUUCCGACUCGGCCCUUGGCGCGGCAGAGCUGAGGCUCCGGGAGCUCGCUUCGGGCUGGGGCCAGCCGGGGGUGGGCAGGGGCUGUGGCAGCUCCUGUGCAGCUGCAGCCUGCUGGCAGCGAUACUAUGCAAUGUGUGUUGGGUUUUGUUUCAGGGAGGUGUGUGAGAGUGCUCUUGGGGGAUGAUGAUGGUGAUGGAGCUUGGGGCAGGGACUAUCUCUUCUCACCCUUUAGCCCUUCUGCUGGGCUGAUAUUUGAUGGGCUGAGGGCAGCUUCCCUCUCUUCCCUCCCUGCCUUGCUCCCCCCCUCCAAAAAACUGCCUCACGCUUUUGCAAUCUGCCCUCUUGCCCCAGCCUCACUGUGCAGGGUGAGGAGGAGGAGGAGCAAGGGUGGAGAUCCCUCUCCUGUAGGCAGGCACCGCGGGGGCAGCCCCGAGAGGCCUCCUGUGGAAGAGGAGAAACAAAAGAGAAGCGAAUCCCUCUGGGUGGUUAAUUGCUCCUUGCCCUGCGCUCUCCUCCGCUCGGGGGGAGUUAGUUCCUCCUCGUCUUGCCUUGAGAAAUACUUGAAUGGCACUGCCUUGAGCUGGGGGCAUGGAGGCUGGCAUGGGUGUCCCAGGCUGCAGCCUGGGUCUGAAAGAGCAACCACAGCCACGAACAGAAGCAAAAUAAUGGUGGGAAGGGGGUGGGGAUGGCAGGGGGUGGCAGGGGCAUGCCUCUGGAAUUCUCUUGGCCAGCGGAGUUUCUUUCUUCCCGGGCAUUAAGGCUGGCACUGGGUGAGCCAUGCUGGAGCUCAUCCCCCUGGGGGCUUUGCUGCAUGGGCACCCUCACCCAGGCAUGCUGGCAGAUGCUGUGGGCGUUCUGGCACCCAGGGAGCAGCCUCUGGGCUGGUUGCCUGGCACAGGGUGUUCAGCUGGGGGCUCAGUUAGGCUGUGGAGCUGUGGACCUGGCACUCCUGGCAUGGCACUCGGAGGGGAGCUGGGAUGGAAAGUGCCAAGCGACUCUGGCAUGUGGCUGCCUGGCACAGGCUGUGCCCUGCAGAGGGGCCUUGAAUGCCUCUGAAACACCUCUGGCCUUGACUCGUGGUGGUGCUGGGGACCCAUGGGUGCCCAGCAGGGACAGGGCUUGGGAGCUCUGUCCUGGUCUCUUGGCUGGGAGGUGCUCGGGUUUGGGACCCAGGGGUGGUUGGUGGAGCCAGCACUUGGUACUGGGGAGGUGCUUGUGCUGGGUACCUCAGCAGGGCAAGGCUCAGCUGAGGAGAUGGUGAUGCCAGAGCCAGCCUUGCCCUUCCCCACCGCUGCCAGCACCCCUCUGGGUGGUGGUUUCCAGACAGAUGCUUCCCUGAUCUGUGUUCCAACCCUUCUGGCUAAUGCCCUUCUUCCUCCUCUUCCUCUCCCGCAGCCUUCCCCCCUGCAGCAUCUGUCCUGGAAGCCAACGCCGAGGAGCAGAGCAGACCUGAGCGCUUUGUGCUGUGUUUGGCUGCUUUGCUGCCCUCUCCUUGCGGCUGGAAGCGUUUUGGCUUCCCCUGCCCUCCCCCUGCCCACUAACUCGACCCCGAGCUGGUUAGAGAAGGUUACUGUGAAGAUAACUUUUGGGGUGAUUUUUUUUUUUCCUUUCUGUUUUUUUUGGUUUGAUUUUGGUUUUGGUUUUUGUUUUGUUUUGUUUUUAAUGGAAAUAGGAGGGGAAAAAAAGCAAAGAAACCAACCCCCAACCCCCAGCCCCUUUUUUUUCCCUCCACUUUCCACUGGCUGAAGACUGCCAAAGCUUGGGCUGGGCAGGUGCUGGUUGGUUUGGGCAGCAGCAGCAGCAGCUCUCUGCUCAAGGAGGGGAGGGGAGGGGGGGGAGGGAAGGGCCUGGAGGGGAAGGGAAAAGGAAAAAAAAAAUUUAAAAAUUAAAAAAAAAAAAAAAAAAAAGGAAAAGGAAAAGGAAACAAAACCAAAACAACAAAACCACAGCAGAAACCCAACAGCAAACCAAGCACUUUACUGCUCGGCCCCGGGAGCUGCGGCAGCUGAGCUGAACUGCUCCUUCCUCACCAGUUGUUGCUGCCAGGAUUUUGUACUCUGUUUUGUAAGAGUUUAAUAAAAACCGAUUGAGAAGCUGAA